AUUGCCUUUGUCCUUUGUCCACGCCUGCCCGUCCAAGCCAACUCUCGCCCCCAUCCCAUGUCCUUCCACCGCUCAUCAUGAAACUACAGUUUCCUAAGGUAUCCGGCUACUCGCUGGUAAUGCAGUUGGGCGGAGGAGGGUUCUCAACAGUCUACCGCGCGGUGAAUUUUGACACCCGCGAAGUCGCGGCGUGCAAGGUCGUCACCCUCACGCUGGAGACGACCGCGCAGGAGCGCAAGACGUUCGACAAAGAGAUGCGCAUCCACCAGGCACUGAAACACGAGAAUAUUCUGGAGUUCAAGACCGCCGUCAUUGUUGAGCCGAACGAGCCGAAGCUCCGGUAUUACCCUGGGCUGUACAUGCUGCUGGAGCUCGCUGCCGGAGGAGACCUCUUCGACAAGAUCGCGCCUGACAUCGGAGUCGGGGAAGAUAUCUCGCAUGUCUACCUCUUGCAGCUCAUAGCCGGACUGCAAUACAUCCACGACCAGGGCGUUUGUCACCGCGAUCUCAAGCCCGAGAACCUGUUACUCGACGCGGCCGGUACACUCAAGAUCAGCGACUUCGGCCUCUGCGCUGUGUACAAGGUCAAAGAGAGCGGGAAGAUGAGGAUGCUCUCAGAGCGCUGCGGCAGUCUGCCAUACCUGGCCCCAGAGUUGUUAAGGGAGGCGCCAUACGAAGCUGAGCCUGUGGACGUCUGGGGCGGCGGUGUCAUUCUCUAUGCCCUGCUCUCCGGCAAUACACCCUGGGACGAACCCACCAAGCACAGUCAUGAGUACGCGCGCUACCUCACGGGUGAGUGCUUCGAUCAAGCGCCUUGGAACCGGUUCAGCAGAGACCUUCUCAGUCUCCUCACAGGCAUGCUCGCCAUUGACCCCUCGCGACGAAUGUCCCUCAACGAGGUGGCAGCCCACCCGUGGAUGAUACGACCAAGCCAGCUCGCGAAGAAGGGCCUGGCCGUGCUCGCAGAACACCUCACGGAGUCGCUCCGGCAAACGGGCGACCUGGAGAUCGCCACCCCAGACAUCACGAAGAACGUCGACGCUGACGGCGACCAGAUCAUGGGCACCGCGUCCCACAACUCGCAAUUCACCCAGACGCUCAUGCUCUUCUCUCAAACCAAGUCCGGCCGGCGCUACUCGCCGCACCUCACGCGGUUCUACGCGCAACUGCUCCCCCACAUGAUGCUCCCGCUCAUUCAAGAGGCGCUCACCGAGCUCGGCGUCAAGUGGAAGCCCGCGCAGGAGGUCGUUCUCGAGGAGGCGGGCGAGGAGAUCAAGAUCCUCCGUAUGCGCAUCGGGGGCUACGACCGCCGCCGGCUCCAGUACAAGGGCUGGGUCGAGCUCGAGCACUUCAAGGCGCCUGGCGCGGAGGGCACGUAUUGCGUUAUGGCGCGCGACCAGGGCAACCCGAUAUCGUGGCGCCUGCUGUGGAAGGCCGUCAUCAUGGAUCCAGUUGUCGAGCCGCAUGUGUAUCGGGAGAGGGAUGGGCAGUAGGCCACUAAGUAGAGAAACGGCCGAUAUGGUUCAAGUUUGACUUGGUUCAGUGGUUUUGGAUAUUAGGCGUGCAUGUAAAUCACGAUUCUGGAUGUAGCAUUACACGACAUGCAUCGGCGCAUGCGUUCUAUGUAGACUACUGAGUCUUUGUGACGAUAUUCAUACAAGAAUGUCCCCUGAA